UUACUAUUUCAGGGAAACGUUAAUUUUGCUGUGGCUUUAACCCUGACCAGCCCUGGUGCCUUAUCUAAAAACAAGAGGCCAUUCUGAAAAUCUGAGCACUGUGCUGACACAGCAAUGAAAAACUCAAAUUCUUCCACUUCACUUUCUGCAACAGGAGAGAAAGUCCAUGAAAAGGAUGCUAACCAUGUGCCUCCCCACCCAAGAUGGCAUAUACCAGGCAUACGGAAAGAUGAUGAAUUCUUCCAUUUUGUCAUUCUUUGUUUUUCCAUUGGAAUCUUAUUAGUUUCCUAUUACAAAUAUAACAAUUGGACUGUUUCCCUUGGUAUUGGCUUGAUGACCUUUGCUGCUUUAGAAACAACUGGAAUAUAUUUUGGUUUAGUGCGUCGUAUUCAAAGGAUCCUGGAAAGUUUUAUUCCCAUGCUUCAGAGAGCCAGAAUACCUGGUUUCAGAAAGGUUGAAUAAACGGAGUUUUACACAAGACCUGAAAAAGUCCUGCUGGUGUACUGGAGUAAUACUGAGCAGAUGUUUCAAGGACUAGCACAGCUAACAUAGAACAAUUUUGUAAGAGAGUAAGGCUUCAGUCUGAAGAUCUUGCUAGUGGAAAUCCGCUAGCAUAAUGGUAUAACCUCCCUCUUUCCCCUUGCAGCCCCGUGUGCUGCUGGAAAACUGGCUCCUGAUGAUUUCUCAUCCCCCAGGAGCAGAUUUUGAGUGUGCAUGGGAGGUGGGGUGGGGAGAAGAAAAUUCCAUUGAAAUUUCCAUUGAGCACUGUACCUGUGGUCACCUGGGUCUGUACAGCAAAACCAACACCCUCUUUCUGUACAAGCCCAGUUAACUUUUUACACCAUGCAUUGCCUUCACAAACAGGGCAUCAGAUUUUAGUGUUUUUAAUAUUGCCUGCAGCUAGACUUUCCAAGCCCUUGGUUGCCUAGGGGAAAGUCUUGUCUUGGGCAGUGUGGCCACCAGAUGGAGGCUGCUUUGAAGCAUUCAUGCGGCAGCUCUCGUUGCGCUAGUGGAGCAGUGCCUCCGUGGGGCUGGCCCACUUUCCCCAGGCCAGUGCCGUUCUCAUUUGUGGCCAGUGCAACGCCUGAAUUCCCAGCUAGCAUGCAGGUAAUGGCUUUUAACAGACCUGCUUUGCAGACUUGUCUGAAUGUAUAUCUGUUUUAAACUGCAUUAAGGCUAUAUUAAUAAAUGUGACUAUGUGUACUAUUUAUGUUAAUGUUGCAAAUAGGGGUUGUAUGUGUAGACCAUGCAUUUUCUGUUUCUAAGUGAUCCCAUCUCUUCAAGUAUUUUAUAAUGUUUUCAAGAACCCAAAGCUUGGUUCAGAACAGAAGAGUGUAGGAGACACAGAAUGUCAUUUUAUCCCGUUUGAAUUUGUGUGAACCACUUUGCGCUUUUACUGGCCAAUAAGCACCAUUAAACACACUGAGUAAAAUGGCUGCGUUGUGCUUUGCUGCAGGACAUUUCAUCUGUGUCAGAGAACAGAGUUGAGUUGUGUUGCAUGGGGAAAUGUUUUCUUGCUUGCUUUCUUAGGUUGGGAAACGGAAAGUUCUCUGGCUCUCCUUUCCGUCAGAAAAAAAUUACUUUUAAAGCAGCGGCGGACAACUUGUUGCCCUCCGGCUUUUUAUCCCUUCUGUUAUCUCUCAGCUGAAUGGGAGCUGUGGGCUAACACAUCUGGAGGACCACAUGCCACCCACAACUGUCAAUAAAGAAAUAUCCAGUCACUCAAAAGAAAAAAAAACCAGACCCAUGGUGGGGUGACCAAUCGGCAGGCCUCCUGAUCCAGUAACAGCAGGUAUGGCUACUGG